UCUACAUAAAGCAUUAAUAGUUAUUCGAGUUUCUGUGUCGAAUCGAUGCAGAACGUUUCAAAGUAAAAUAACUUAUAAAUAGCAAAAAUGAAGCUUAGUCUAGGCUUAGUCCUAGUAAUUGCAACUGUGGUUGUAAAUGCUGAUUGGUGGCAAAGCGGAAAUUUUUAUCAAAUCUAUCCGCGCUCCUUUCGGGAUACUGAUGGUGAUGGAAUCGGGGAUCUAAACGGUGUCACCGAAAAGCUUCAGUACCUCAAGGAUGUCGGUUUUACAGCAGCAUGGCUUUCCCCAAUUUUCAAAUCACCAAUGGCCGAUUUUGGUUAUGACAUUUCUGAUUUCUAUAAAAUACACCCAGAAUAUGGAACCCUUCAAGAUUUUGAAAACAUGAUUAAGAAAGCCAAGGAAAUUGGCAUGAAGAUCAUUCUAGAUUUUGUGCCAAACCAUACCAGUGACGAAAAUGAAUGGUUCAAAAAAUCUGUAGAUGGAGAUCCAAAAUACAAGGAUUAUUACGUUUGGCACAAUGGAAUUGUAGACCCAGUUACUGGCGAACGUAAACCUCCAAGCAAUUGGCUCAGUGCGUUUCGAUAUAGCGCAUGGGAAUGGAAUGAAGUACGACAGCAAUAUUACCUUCAUCAAUUUGCAAUAAAACAACCCGAUUUGAAUUAUCGCAAUCCGGCUGUAGUUGAGGAAAUGAAAAAUGUAAUGCGUUACUGGUUAGCUAAAGGUAUAAGCGGAUUCCGUAUUGACGCUUGUCCAUUUUUGUUCGAAAUAGACUUGGAUUCCAAUGGUGUCUAUCCAGACGAACCAGCAGUAACUAGCGGUUGUCCCGAUCCAGAUGAUUAUUGUCAUUUACAGCACAUCUAUACCAAUGAUCGACCAGAAACUUUUGACAUGGUGUACCAAUGGCGUGAGCUAGCUGAAAAUUAUAAAAAGGAAAACGGAAGUGAUACGAAAAUAUUGCUCACAGAAGCAUACACUAGCUUUGAAAAUAUGAUGAAAUUUUAUGGCAGUGGCACGAGGAAAGGGUCCUAUGUUCCAUUUAAUUUUGAUUUCAUGGGUAACAUCAACAAGGACAGCAAAGCAACUGAUGUAGUGACAAAUGUAAAUAAAUGGUUGAAUGCAAUGCCGAAAGGAAAGGACUUUUAUCCAAAUUGGGUAUUGGGAAAUCAUGAUAACAAACGAUUAGCGUCAAGAUUUGGGGUUGAACGCGCUGAUUUGCUCAAUAUUAUGCUUCAAACGCUUCCUGGAAAUGCUGUAACUUAUAAUGGUGAGGAACUAGCCAUGACAGAUGUUUAUAUUAGUUGGGCCGACACUGUCGAUCCACAAGCAUGUAAUGCCAACCCGAAUAAUUUCAAUGAUUACUCCCGUGAUCCAGCCAGAACACCCUUCCAAUGGGAUGCCUCCUCUAACGCAGGUUUUACGGAAGGCAAUGAUACGUGGCUGCCUGUUUCGGGAGAUUAUAAAACCAAAAAUGUUCUAAUGCAAGAAAGAGCUCCACACAGUCAUUUGCAGAUUUUCAAGAAGCUCAUUCGCCUACGAAAAGAACCUUCAAUGCAGGACAUAUAUAAUCUUGACAUCAAAUCAGUGAAUAAUAUUGUCAUUUAUAGCAGAUACACACAAGGUAGUGAUAGGUAUGUUAUCAUUUUGAAUUUGGGAACAACGGAUCAAACUAUUGACAUCAGUUCAUAUUUCCCAACCGUCAGAAGGGUGGAAGUUAUAACAACAUCAAUUCAAUCUAACUACAACGAUGGAGAGGUGAUCGAUGCGACAAGAUUUGUUGCCAAGGGACAAGUUGGAACUGUUGUUGUUCAAAUUUAAUUUGUUGGAAUAACAUGUAAAUUCAUUUUUUUAAACAUUCAAACAAAGUUGAAAUAGUUAUGAACCUGUUGAACAAAAUAUUGAAAUAAAACUAUUUUAAAUAAAAAAACAUUACACAAUAA